AUGUUCACGACCGCUGCCCAGCUAUUGGAUUUGACAGACAAGAAACUCGUUCUUGUUCUCCGCGAUGGGAGGAAACUGAUCGGCGUGUUGCGGAGUUGGGAUCAAUUCGCCAAUCUUGUUCUUCAAGAUACCGUUGAGCGAUUGUAUGCUGGGAAUCUCUACGCCGAUAUCCCGAGGGGGAUUUUCCUUGUGAGAGGAGAGAAUGUGUUGUUACUUGGUGAAAUUGAUCUCGACAGGGAAGAUGAGCUCCCCACUACCGUCCAACGAGCUUCCUUCCAAGAAGUGUUUGAGCUCAAGCAAAAGGAAGAGGAACGCCGCAAAGGCAACGACAAGAAACGACACGGCAAACUUCGAGGCCUCGGUUUCGAGGCCGAGCAUAGCGGGGAGAUUUUGUUCUAG